UCACUGUUUCCAUUGCCAAGCCAUGCCAAGCCAAGCCCAGCACUAGUGCACACCUCCCUGGCUGUCUUGGGACUGAAGCUUUUUUUUCUUCACACGAUUUCAUUCUGUCAUGUAUCUAUCUCCCCUGCUGCUGCUGCUGCUGCCUCUCUCUACCCUGCCUGCCUGCCUGCCUGCCUGCAAUCACCCUCGAAAUCCCCCUUCUCCUCUCCUCCCCUUCCCUCUCCUCACUGCUCCAUUUCUCAACACUACUCUCUCGCCCAUACGUCCCUCACAGAUCUCGACUGUACAGGAUCAAGAGCCGCAUCGUCUGUUUACCUUUGCAUCUCAACGCGCACAGGUCGGUGGUCUCAGACCCGGUAGUUUCAUUUACGUGCACGAAGGGCGGCUAUGGCGGACAGCAAGAGCGAUGGUAGUGUCAGCAAGGAGGAUAGCAGCGCGGGGGGGAGCUCUUUGCGUGUGGAACAUUGGAAAACACGAGAUGAAGGGAGCGAAAAUUUAGGCACUUCGAAACUGGUUUCUGGUCCUAGUGAGUCUGAUUCUAAAGAUUUUGGGAAUGCAGAGAGCACAAUUCCACUUUCACCUCAGUGGCUGCUACCGAAAUCCGGAGAGAUUAAACCUGCAGCUCCAUCCAGUGACCCGCCUCGUGGUCUUGGUUCUCCCACCUCAGGUUACGGAAUGAAUGAUGCUUCGGUCAAAGAUCGGUGGCGUAAUCUAGAAGGAGGUUCUCAGGAUCCGAAGAGGAACAGGGAUUGGUGGCGCACGAUAUCUAUGGAACGCGACACGGAUAGCAGCAGGAGAGAGCGAUGGAGAGAGGAAGAGAGAGAAGGCAGUAUUAACAUGACUUCUCGUCGGGAUCGAUGGAAAGAAGGAGAGAGGGAUACAGUUGGGGAUCAAACUGCUCAGGCACAGAACCGCAGAGCCGUCAACGAAAGAUGGCCAGAUGUGAACGCGGCUGGCGGGAGAGAGUCCGUGGAGCCACUGAGGCGAGUUCCAUCGGAGCGUUGGGCAGAUACACAGAACCGAGAGUCCAAUUUUGAUAAUCGUCGUGACAACAAAUGGAGCAAUAGGAGGGGUCCGGAUGAGAAAGAGAAAGAGUUUCGUGGUAAACGGGGCGGGGAUGGGUCAGACAAGGAGGUGGGCAAAGAAGGGAUUGAGUCUGGUGGCUACCAUCAUCGUUACGUGGCUAAUGCUCAUAAUGUGAUGCGUGAUGCGGACCGGGAGAGAGAAAGGGAGAGGGAGAGGGAGAGGGAGUCAGACACUUCUCGUCAUGACCGAGCUUGGCGUCCUUCAUUUGCAUCACGAGGAAGGGGUGAAACUUCUCACGUAGGUAACACCCCUCCUAAGAUGGCUCCCGGAUUUAUGACGGGGAGAGGCAGGGGAGAGCCUCACGGUGUGGGGUUUACCGUGGGUCGCGGUCGUGGUAAUCCUCAGACCGGGCUUUUGCAUGGGCCUCCAUUGAGCUCGAUCGGUUCUCCAUUUCUUAUAGAUAAAUGGGAUACCGGGAAGGAGAACGUUUUUCGGUAUCCCCGUGUAAAGCUGUUGGACAUCCAUCGGAAGUGCGGCAUAUCAUUCUUUCAGAAGUAUCCGGAAGGCUUCACUGUAGUGCCGCAGCUGACACAGAGCGAUCCCUUGGAGCCAAUGGCUUUUUUCCAACCAGAUGCGGAGGAAGAGGCUGUUCUGGAGGGCAUACGGAAGGGGGAGAUCGUGAGCAGUGGUGCUGUGCACAAUUCGACGCCAAAGGAGGGGUCGCUGAACAGAGGGAUGCGGCAGGAUUCGCUCGGUCGGGGCCGAGGUCGGGGAGUAGGAAGAGGUGUAGGAGGCAAAGAAGAUUCCGGCUUUGAUGGUCAUAGAGAAGACGAUUUCUUUGACCAAUCUGGGUUUGGAAGCAGUCGAGUUGGAGACGGGGGUGCAAUGGAAAAGCAGGCAGAGGCACGUUUUGCGGAUGCAGAGGAGUUUUGGGAGUCUCGUGCACGUGCAGAGAGCGGUGGUAAUAAUGAUGGUGCGCGAGGACUAGCUGUGAAAGAAGAGAGUGUUUGGAGACGCGGAAGAACAGGCGAGGAAGCAGCUUCCGUGCGAGAGGACGGGAGUUGGAGGCGUGACAGUGUUGCACGUAGCGAUGGUGCUUGGCGUAAAACGAAAGCAGGUGACGAAGUCGUAGGUACGAUCAAGGACGAGAAGCUGGAAAGACAUGAACAGAUGUGCGAGAGGGACGACCAGGAUGAUUCGAAGUUGGAGGGUGGCAUAUCGGUUCAGAGAGAUGUAUGUGUGAUGGAGAAUGUAGCGGAAAGAGGUGAACAAGAAGGUUACUCGGGGUUGAAGGACCCGACGUCUCCUAUCCCUAUACCUGGAAGAUUAGAGGAGCUAGGGUCUGUCGACCAAGUUGAGGUAUCCAAGGAGACCUCCUUGACCAACUCCACAGUAGUGGUUUCCCACCAGGAAACGUCCGUCCAUCAAGUAGCCCCCGAAGAACUCUGCCUACUUUACACAGAUCCGCAAGGAGAAGUACAAGGGCCUUUUUUGGGGGUAGACAUCAUUGGAUGGUUUGAAGCUGGGUUUUUCGGGUUAGACUUGCCUGUGCGCUUGAUGGAUGCUCCAGAAGGGACACCAUUCACUGCACUGGAAAAUAUAAUGCCUCACUUGAAGCCAGCAGUCAAAGUGCCAGUGGGCUUCACUAGCGCAUUGAAACGGUUGGAAGAUGGUGGGGGGUCGAUUCUUGUAGAAGACGAAGGUUAUUCGUCGAGCCUCAGCUAUCAACGUAAGGAGUCUUCUGGGGGCGAGAACUUGAUUGAACGCAGAGGCACUUUUGAUUCGUCAUUGGAUAUAAGACUAAAUAUGGCGGAUAACUCACAGAAUAUGUUCGGCAACGAGUUCCAUCUUGGGUUGAAUGGGAAAAUAUCAAGUUACAAACCUGUAGACAGGUUUUUUGAGAAAGGCGACAAGGAGCUGGGGGCUAAAGCUGAGGAGGCGAGCGACCAAUUGUAUUCCAUGCGGAAGCGGAUGUCAAUGUUCCCUCGGGUGGACACGGAGACAUCGGAGCCAGGCAAUAUGGGUUUUCCUAACCUUUUUCCUCAAAACGAGGGGUCCAGUCCAGCCUUAGGUCAACCUUUGUUUUCUGCACCUAAUGCACCCUGGUCAACCCCGAUGCAGCCGGAUCUGUCACCGAUGUUGCAGAGUGGCCAUGGCCAUCUUGUGCCCGGGGAUCAGCUGUGGGCAGACACUCUGUUGCGAAACUUGUCACUGGACGUACCACAUCCUCACGUGGGACUUUCUUCUCCUGGAAGCGGUAUGGAUUCUGCACAACUGGCCCAGCAGCUGGAGCAUUUAGAGAUCCAGCACUUGCAGAGAAUGGGUUCGUCAGGUUCAGCCUUACAGAGGCAUCUGUCCGGCGCACCUCCUCUGCCUCCGUCUUCACGCAUCAACCUGGAGCACAUGAUGUGGUCUACUGGCCUCCCUCCUCGCGAUCACCAAGGAUUGAACCCAUUACAUUCUCAGAUGCCUGCUCAGCAACAUCAGGCACCGCUACCGAUACCACCGUCGGGUCCCAUGCUGGAGCAACUUUUACGCAUGCAGCAACAGCAACUACCAACACAGGUACUGAUCGAACAGCUGCUACGGAGCCAGUCCAUACCCCCACCUGCACACUUGAAUCAUCUUCAUCGUCAGGGCUCAGGACUUGUAGACCAGCUUUUGCUUGGUAGACAGCCGCAAGAUCCACGAUUAUUUGAUACCUCGAGUCAGCACUUGUCGAACAGGGAGUUUGAGCAGCUUAUGCUAGCCCGACAAAACCAUACGAGCAGUCCAUCGUUUGAACAACUGAUACGUCAGAAACAGCAGGAGGAGCAGCAGCAGUUGAUGCAGUUUGGAUUGCCGGUCCCUCAACCGCAGCAAACGUUAGAGGACAUGAGAGUUUCAGGUGUGUGGGAAGUGGACGAGUUUGGGCAGUUCGUAAGGCGUACACAGUCGCCCGCUCCUAUGCGACCAUUCGAGGCUUUCCAGAAUCAACAUCAUCAUCAUCAUCAUCAUCAGCAGCAGCAGCAGCAACAUCACCAAAGGCUGAAUUAUCCAGGGCCAAUGCCGCAGGAACCCCAGGACUUAUUUGGAUUUGAGCAGGCAUCACUUCUGGAUCCAGAGUUGAUGGAACCUCGGGUGCCCAUGAACAUGUUUGAUCCGAAUUUGUUACGCAGAGAGCGCAAUUUUUCUGGCAUACCCAGCAUGGGUGCGAUGGAAGGUAAAAUGGUAGCUCAAAUGCAGGAACAGCAACAGCGUACUCGAGCGGAUCUUCAGAACAAUUUGUCUGGUCUUCUGGAUUCGGAUAUGGAACGAUUCCGGCGGGAUGCUUUUGACCUACGCCAGGUUCAAGAGAGGCAGCAGCAAGUGGAGGCAGCGGCUGCAGCUCGAGUGCUGGGAUUAGGUUCCAAUGCCAGGUUGGAGGGUCAGCCGAAGAGUGGGGAUAGGAGAAUGGGUGGUCAGGUUGAUAUUCCUGGGAACAGCGCCCACUUGCCUGGGCUGAGAUGGCCCCCUAUCGUCAAUAAUGAGAGUUCACAGAGGCAGGAUUUGGUGCACGAAAGAAGUAUGCGACAUCCGUCUACGGGGCUGUGGGGCCAAGAGAGUCAUGAUUAUGGUAGCGCAGAACAACAAUAUCAGGAUGCUGUUCGCAGCGGAACGUUUAUGACAGACCAUGUCCCACUUGCUGCCACGCUGAGUGGAGCAGAGACUCCCCGAUCAUCUGUUGUCAGGUCUCCAACGGAGGCAUCAUAUCCGCGGGAGAAUUGGAGUUUGUCGGGUCUGCAUUCGAAUGAGUUAUCGGCGAAUGCGCAAUCGAUGGAAGUAAAAGAGCAGGCAGGGUCAGCCGUGGCGUUGGCUCAACCCGAAUGGAAAGCUGCCACGGGUCGUAAAGUGAAAUCUCUUACGGAGGUUCAGGAGGAGGGAACCGCGAAUAGGAAAGCCGGGGAGCAGGCAGCCGUGGAGUCGGUGGGACAGCCUGUACCUAAUGCAGGUACUGGAUUGGGGCCAUGGGCCGCUCCGUCGGUACCUCAACCGAAGUCUUUGCGAGAGAUUCAAGAGGAAGAGGCCCAAAGGGCUGCCGCUGCUUUGGAGGCCGCUCAGAAGUCUGGGCAUACGCAAACAAAUGCUGCAACGUCUGCCCAGAAGAUUUUGAUGAGCCGAGCAGUAGACCCUCCAUCAUGGGUAACAGGGUCUGCUAACUCCGAUAAAGGCAGCUUGUUGUUUGCUGUAGGUGACGAACAAGCGGCAAGUCAAAUUAGCAGGCAGGGUUGCGAGCUGGAGGCCAGCAGCUUGAAGGAGGCGUCGAUGAGUCAAUCUGGUCAAAUUUUGAUGCAGAGCACUGCCGGUUUUGAUGACAGUGACUUAAUCGAGUCGAAGGAACCGAAGAAGAACAAGAAGCGGGCUGUUAAAGGGAAGAGCCCGACUUUUGUGAAACCUGCUGGUGAUGAGACGGCGGGCGAGCUGUCGCACAUGACAUCUCCACUGACGUCGAGCAAGAGCAUUCCUCCACGGUCAGUUCAAGUGGAAUCUUCAGAGGAGUCGUCGCCAACCCAACCUCCAGAGUCGUCGCUGGCGGACUUCCUAAGUCUGGGAACCGAACCUGCGAUCAAUUUGCAGCCGCUUCCAGCAUGGUUAGCCACACCGGGUCGCCAAGAGAGCAUGGGUAAAUCUUUAUCCUUGAAGGAGAUUCAGGAAGCGGAAAAGAGAGCUCGUGAGGAGAAAGAGAGUCAGAACGAGAUGCUUCGAGCAUCAUUGCUUCAGAAGAAUACAACCCCCCCGUCUGCCAAUUCAAUCACUUUGAUGACAAGAAGCGGAAGUGGAGGACCCGCAUGGCAGCGUCCAGGAGUAGUGAAUUCGCCAGGUCAGGCAGUGGCGAGUGGGUCACAAGCGAAGGUUCCAGCAGGCAGUUGCGGUGGGAGUUCUCGGUUGAAGGUGGGCGUGUUUGAAGAUGACGACGAUCUGUUCUGGGAUUAUGGCCGGGACGCGAAGAUGAGCACCGGAGCAGUGAAACAGAUAGCAACAUCGGAACCGUUAGAUUUCUCAUCGCUUCUGUCUGGGCAAGGACAGGCGAACGCCGUGGCUUCGAAACCUGCAGCAAUUGCAUUAACGGCUCCGGUGUUUCGUCAGGCGGCAGUUGUGAAAGCUAGUCCGACAGACUUUCCAUCUUUGAGUGCGAUUGCAGUAUCUGUGAAAGCUCCUGCGACGAAGGCUAAGAAGCAAGCAAGUAACAAAGUUACAGGGCCACAAGUGAGUGCCGAGGUUAAGGCGUUGAGACAGUGGUGCGAGGCUCAGUUGAAGAAGUUGAGUGCGGACGAAGAUGUGACGAACGUGGAUUUCUCUAUAGUAGAUUUCUGUAUAUCUUUGCCUUCGAUCAGCGAGGCUAGUGAUUAUCUUUCACAGUACCUGGGAACCCUACCAGGAGUAACGCAGCAGCACAUCCAGGCGUUCAGGAAGGAGUUUGUGCGUCGGAAAGAACAACUGCCGUCCGAUGGCAACGCGUCUUCCAGUGACAAUGAAUAUUCGGAUGCUCUUUUUGGUUCAAAUGGGAAGAAGGUGGAUCGGAGCGAAUCCGGGACGAUGGACAUGGCCCGUCUGUUGAAAGACGACAUGGGGCAAGGGGAAUUUGAGAGCACGACUAGUUCAGGGAGCGGAAAAAAGAAAAACAAGAAAGGUAAGAAGGUGGUGGAUCCAUCGUUGCUGGGGUUCAGCGUGACGAGCAACCGUAUCAUGAUGGGGGAGAUCCAUCACAUCGAUGACUAGGUGGUGCGUUUGGAGGAGUAUCUAAUAGAAAUUUCGGCAUGGAGAGGGAAAGCGAUGUGAACGAAUGGGUUUUCUCCCCCCUAGACAAAUUGGACUGGAUCGGAAUUGAAGUGAAUGUGGACCUGCCUACGUCGAGCACCUGAAAGAGAUAGAGGAUUGGAACGAGGAGAAUAGUAGGGUGGAUUAUUAAGCCAUUCGAUUAAAGUAUUUGGAUAGAGAUAGAGCGUGUCGAAGGCACUGAGCGCGGACAUGGAGUUUUUCAACUCAACUUCUAGCGAGGAAUCGCCUGCAGAGCGGGCUGGUUGACCAGGGAGGUUGGGGAGUGUUGAAACAUUAUAUGUGUUACGAGGUGGGUAGGAAGGUGGCAUGCGAGUAUUGAGUACCGUCCCUCUUCAGGGAGCUCAGCAAUUGUAUCAUUUGUGACAGUAGAAAGGUAGUUGGAUGUGAGGUGGAGCAUGUAAAUGUGGCAAAGCUAUCGGCACGAGCCAACAUGUAAAGAAUUUGUUGGAGAUUGUGAUUUACCGGAA